AUGUAUCGCGACAUCUCGAAUAUCGUAGCGACUGAAACACGAGGCGGCCUGGUGCAGCACAUUCAGUUGUCUGAGAACAUCACAAACGAGAGAUUCAGCUGGGUUCCAGCUGCCAUGCUAUCCGAAGGAAGCACGAGGGAUGGAAUACUGCCAGAUGCCCAAGCCUUGACAGGGGAAGUCGAGAGGCAGAGGUCGGAUUCGAAGCACGGACAUUCCGCUGUAACACGCUUUCGGUGCAUAGCUGCCAUCCUACCUGAAGGAAGCAAGGAGGUUGAGAUAAUGCCAAGCUGUCCAGGCCUAGACGGCAGCAGUUGA